CUACUAAUUUCAAAAAUACUUCCUACAACAACAAAUCUAUCACUACAACAUUUUACUUCAUAUUUUUUUUUACUACACAGUGACCAUCAUCUUUUUCUCGAUUAUUUGGGGAACUGAUAACUUGUCAAGAUGUCGCUGUCAGGAGAAGGUGUGAUUUAUGCGACUAGUCCGAGUGAUAAAGUUGCUCAAGAAACUGCACGCAGAGAGCGAAGACGGAGGAAAAUUGUAAAAGAGCUUUUUGAUACUGAAAAGACUUACUUAACGCAUUUAGAACUUAUCAAUAAGUUUUUUGAUUUCCCGCUACGAUUUGCAUGCCUAGUACCUGAUGAUGUCCAUGGCAGGCUGUUCAGCAAUCUUGAGCAGAUUCGAGAAGUGAAUGUAACACUGCUAGAAACCAUGGAGCAGACGACUAUUGGUCAAGCUUUUACCCAACUGGCUCCUUUCCUAAAACUGUAUUCUACUUACGCAAAUAACCACCAGCAAGCUUUAAAUACAUUACAUGAGUGGCAGAUUAAAAGUCAAGAAUUCAGUUCGUUUAUUGCAAGGCAAGAAGAUCGUCCAGAAGUUAAGGGACUAAAACUUAAUGCACUUUUAAUAACACCUGUACAACGAAUUCCAAGAUACAAAAUGCUGCUUGAAGAACUACUAAAAAACACACCUGAUGAGCAUCAUGACUAUCAGAAAAUCUCAGAAGCUGCAGAAAGAAUGGCAGAUAUUGCUAUGCACAUAAAUGAGCAUAUCAGACAAAAUGAAAAUUUCAUGAAGAUGCUUGCAAUACAGCGCAGCUUUGACAGCUCAGCUCCCAAGUUGUUGGCACCAGGACGAAUUUUUAUUAAAGAAGGACCUCUAAAAAAAGUGUCUCGAAAAGGAGGGAAAUCUUAUGAAAGAAUGUUUUUUCUGUUUUCUGACAUUCUUCUUUAUGGAAAACCAAAGUUUCUUGAUGGGGGUGGCAAGCAGUACACUUGUUCUUGUGUUCUUCCUCUACGCCACUGCAAAGUUGAAACUGUUUUCAUAACAAAUUUUGGUAAAUCUGACACUGGGGGUGUUUUUAGAAUCACAUGCAAAGAAGAAAGCCUUGUACUUUAUUCAGAUGACAAAAAAAAUGCUAAAGAAUGGAGUGAGGAAGUGGACAAAGCCAUAAGAAAGGUGUGUGAUGAUAGACAGACUUUACGGAAACCAAGCAGCAACAAAAUACCAUUACGUGGACGUUCUUUAAGAAGACACAGACAGCAGCAGAAAAAAACAGACAUCAAAAUUCCUGGGAAAACUCCCAUGCGUCCACUAUCAAUAAUUAGCAACAUUAGUGAGGACUCUGACUGCUCACCAAAUGUUAGAGCCAGACUUGAGCCAGUUAGACAACAUUUCAAGCUAGCUCGUAACACGAGUAUCUCACAUUUUGACAACAAGGUGGAAGAAACUGACCUGGACUCACCUGUACUUAGAAAAAAAACUUGCCCUGAUAACAGUUUGGCUGGGACUGAUAGCUACAGAGACAGCUUUAGUUCAAAGAUUAGCCAAGAUAGCUGUAGGGAAUCAUUUGAAGAAGACUCUACAGCUGACAGUGAGCAGCAGAGCCUCAAACAGUACAGCUUUUCACUACGGGGUAGCCAGAGCAAUUUGUGUGAACCUGUCAAGUUGACAUCUGAAAUUUCAUACCAGAGAUCACCGAAAAAAAAAAGGGAGUCUAUAAAUAAAACAAGUGGGAAAGAAACAUCACACUUGAAUCAGUCUAGGUUUAUACAUACAUCUGAAGCUUUGCAAGCUGACAGUUCAUCAAGUCAAUUAGAAAACUUGCCACAGGCAUCAAUUGCAUGGUUCCCACCAAAAAGUCCUGCUCAUAAACUUCAACGAAAGACAUUUAACAUGAAGUUAAGAUCAUACUUUCAGAAACCUUUGAAGAGGUUCCAAAAAACUAAACGAGGAAUGUCGUCAGAAACAUGCUCACCAUUUAAAUGCCUAUCUAAUGGGAAAACAGACUAAAAUGACACUGUCUGAUUGUUCACUACAAUUGUUGCCUUCAUUAUAUUAGCAAAAAGCCAUAUUGUUCUAUAUAUAGUUUUUAAAAAUAAACCAUUCUAUUGUUUAUACCAUUUUUCUUCUAGAUAUAUAUUUCAUCCUAUUACCUUACAUUCCAUCUAUAGGUAAUCAAUCAAUUUCUAUUGAAUAUUUUAUUUUUUUCUUAUGGAAAUAACAUCACAAUUGAUGUCAACAUUGAAGGUAUAUUAUUUUAUACAGAAUAAUACCAGUUGUAGCAGAUAUUUAUAUUUCUAAUUCUGCUUCACUUAUUCUCUAGAUUGUUUCCUUUAAUUGCACAUAUCUAUAUUUUUAUUUUAUCUAAUUUUUUCUAUACAGCACAUUUGUUGAUAUUAAGUGAGUUUUUUAAAUAACAAGCCCUAACCUAACACUAAUGAAAAUAUUCUCUUGAAGUAUUUUCUGAUAUUAUAUUAUACUUAUUUCAAUGGCAAAAAAUGUAGAUUGUAUAAUAUUAAACACAAAUUAUAACUUUUUUUCAACCAUAGUAAAUUACAAAUGG